ACGUGGAGUUGUAGGUUAUGAAUUUGUUGUAUUAAUUUAUUUACAAUUUAAUAAAUUAUUUCUAUGAUUAUAAAUAUAUUAAAUCUACAGAUAAUUAGUAAAACUACAAAAUGAUUGAAAUAUCCGACGUUCAAAAGAUCGGCGUCGGCCUGGUGGGGUUUGGGAUGACGUUUCUCUUUCUCGGAAUAUUAUUGUUGUUUGAUAAAGGCCUGCUGGCCAUAGGCAAUAUCCUCUUCAUCAGCGGCCUGGCUUGCAUCAUAGGCCUGCAGCGGACAUUCUUCUUCUUCUUCCAAAGGCACAAAGUGAAAGCGUCUGUGGCAUUCUUUGGGGGGAUCAUAGUCGUCCUCAUGGGCUGGCCCAUGUUUGGCAUGAUAGCAGAGAUCUACGGAUUCCUCUUAUUGUUCAGGGGUUUCCUGCCUGCAGCAGUUAACUUCCUAAGAAUGAUCCCAGUGUUGGGAAGUCUACUUAAUCUACCUAUCAUACGGGGGAUCGUGGAUAGGAUAGCAGGAGAUAACGGGCGCAACAUGGUAUGAUACUGUGUGACAAAGACUUGUAUUAAUAGUGUAAUUAUGUGUGUGUGGGUGUGAGGUGCUCCACGGCGGUCGGUCUGUACCUAAAAUUACGUGCUACUGUAUCAUAUGCUUUACUUAAAUUUAUUUAAAGUCUA